AUGAGCUUCGGUUUCCGUCUCAGUUGGGUUGACCAAGUCAUCCAAAUACCGGGGCUUGAAGACGUGAUCCGGAUCGUCAAGCAUGCCUUUCAAGAGCAGAUUGAUGAAGCGCGUGACACCAUCCAGCGCGGUUUCAUCACCUUCAAGGCGCUGGGCGAAUUAUAUCGCCCUGGAGUUCCAGUCCAGGCAGUGAUGGGCUCUAGAGAUACCGCCGAAGUAUUCCUUGUCAACGAGUCUUUCUACCAAGAGAAUCGGGGCUUGACAGGAGUUCAGAGGACAUCCAACUGGACAAUGGAGUUCGUGGCGACAAUGGGCACGCACUUCACCCUAGUGAACCUGGCCGAGCAAUUGAAUGGUUGGACAGGCGUUCGCGCAAGAUCGCUAUCAGGACUCACGUAUACGCCAGUAUCACCUGUCGAGUUGAGCGACCGCAGACAGAGGGGAAAGCGAUAUGUUGAGUUUGCCACUGGCAGUGUCAAAUUUCUGGCAUACUCUCGCGCAUCAUUCUACCGCCAUGUGCGACCAUCACGUGCAAGCUAUUCUUCUCUUGCCAGUACUUCGAGCAGCCAGCUUACCUCAGAAGGCCGCGUUAUGAUCGAUGUAGAUCGUGGCGCUCUAUUGAAGCACCAUCCUUGCCAGGUUAUGGAUGAACCAACGCUAGCCAUGACGAAGACCGCCGAACGUUAUCGACAGUGGCGCAGCACAUCAUUUAGAAAGAGCUCUGCAACGGAUAUGCUCACUCUAUGGGAUAAUGUCCCGGAGGAGUUCAUUUCCUACUGCUGGCUUGCCCUUGUCGGCUUUAGCUUUACUGCAAAAUGUUGGGACCACGUGUUGGUCUCUGGUCUUUCGCCGAUCCAGUUCCAGGACACCGCAUUUCAACAUCUUGUCCUAGCCGGGGAGUACAAACACCUCAUUCGUGCUCUCGUAAGAUUCGGAAACGACGCUAGUGUCGAAGACAUCGUUGAGAAUAAACGCAGCGGCAGUAUCUUCCUGCUCCACGGCCCUCCCAGCGUCGGGAAGACACUAACAGCCGAAGCUGUUGCUGAAGUCCUGCAUCGCUCGUUAUACUACGUGACAAUGGGAGAAUUAGGCACGACGGCAGAAGACAUGGAGCGCCGUCUUUCAGAUGUGCUUGAACUAUGUUCCGAGUGGAAUGCUAUCAUAGUCCCAGAGGAAGCCGAUGUUUUCCUCGAGCAACGCAGCACUUCCGACCUGGUCCGCAACUCGAUGAUCUGUGUUAUGCUGCGUCUUAUGGAGUACCACUCAGGCAUUCUCUUCCUCACUACCAAUCGUGUGCAUAAUCUGGUUCCAGCGUUUGGAAGCAGAAUUACACUUGCCCUACGAUAUAACCAUCUGACGCCCGAGGCUAGAACCCAAAUUUGGAGCAAUUUGCUCACACGGAUCUCGUUACAGGUGGCAAAGAACAUCGAUCCCAUGGUCCUUGGACAGCACGAAUUCAACGGUAGACAGAUCGGGAGCGCAAUCAGGCUGGCGUGUGUAAUCACGAGGGAACGGGACCAGUCUAAGCUAACAAUGGAGAUAGUGAAGGAAGUAGUGAGAAUUAUGGAUGUUGGGAGGGCAAAUAUAGCGGAUGACGACUCUUGGAAAAUGCGCGAGGAGUAA